AUGCCGCCAUCCCCUCGGUCCACACAUUUCCCGGACCAGCCGCCCCGUUGCCCACAUCCUCCACCCACCCGGGCCUCGCGCCGCCUCGCCUCGCCCUCGCCUCGCCUCGCCCUCACCCUCGCCUCGCCUCGCCUCACCUCACCUCGCCUCACCCGGGCCUCGCCUCAGCCUCGCCUCGCCCUCGCCUCACCCGGGCCUCGCCUCAGCCUCGCCUCACCCUCGCCUCACCCGGGCCUCGCCUCAGCCUCGCCUCACCCUCGCCUCACCCGGGCCUCGCCUCAGCCUCGCCUCACCCUCGCCUCACCCGGGCCUCGCCUCAGCCUCGCCUCACCCUCGCCUCACCCGGGCCUCGCCUCAGCCUCGCCUCACCCUCGCCUCACCCGGGCCUCGCCUCAGCCUCGCCUCGCCCCGCCUCACCUCACCCUCGCCCCGCCUCGGCCCCGCCUCGACCUCGCCUCGACCUCGCCUCACCCUCGCCUCACCUCCUCCGCCCGAAGCCGCUCGCGCCAACCGCCACCGUUGGGCUUCGAGCGCCCGGCUCCUCGCGCCACCGCUCUCAUCCAAUCACAGCCCCGCCCUCACCCGCCGCCUCUUUCAAACCGCUCACGUGCUCCUCCUCCUGGCCGCCGCUGA